GGUGUCGAAGGGAAACCUUUUGCUGAAAGUGCAGUUGGAAGUAUGCCAAAGGUAAAGACAAACCGUAUCAAAUACCCAACCGGGUGGGAGUUGAUUGAACCAACUCUUCGUGAGCUCGAGGGGAAAAUGAGAGAAGCUGAAAAUGAUCCACAUGAUGGUAAGAGAAAAUGUGAAGCAUUGUGGCCUAUUUUUAAAAUUGCACAUCAAAAGAGCCGCUAUAUUUAUGAUCUUUACUACCGGAGGAAGGAAAUAUCUUCGGAGCUUUAUGAGUUCUGCUUGGAACAAGGUUAUGCUGACCGCAAUCUUAUUGCAAAAUGGAAGAAGUCAGGGUAUGAACGCCUCUGCUGCCUACGAUGCAUACAGCCACGUGAUCACAACUUUGCCACCACUUGUGUGUGCAGGGUACCCAAACACCUAAGGGAAGAGAAAGUCAUAGAAUGCGUGCACUGCGGCUGUGGGGGCUGUGCAAGUGGAGACUGAUUCCCCGCUUUGUGUGUAAAAGUACUGACAGGCUGUUGAGAGUGGUUAGGCUUAUUCAGUGCUGGCGGUUAUUGAUCCUCUUCGUACUCCAUGGCCUGGUAUGUAGUAAUGCCCUAACCAAACAUGUACUUGUAUGAUUUUA